AAAGCCAAGAAAUUGAAAUAAUAUUUGAGCUUCUAAUUGCUGCAGAUGAACUUUCAAUUCAAAAAUUUACUUCCUAUAUUCAAGAAUUUUUAAUUGAAAAUAGUUAUAAAUUCUUACUGCAAAGUCUCAUGAAAAUGCUUCAUUUUAUUGUACAUAAUCAAUUCGAUGAGCUUAAAGAAGCUUAUAAUGAAGACAUUGAUAAAUUAGAAGAAAUAUUACAAGAAUUAAUUCAAUUAAUUAGAUUUUAUCAAAUUGAUCCUAAGGAAUUUAUUCCUGAAGUAUGGGAAUAUAAACAACUUCUUCCCGACAAAGUAAUUAAGGAUAUAUUACAUUGUCAUUUGGAUCCAGAUGCUAAACCAUUAUAUCACACAUUUCCGAUCAGAUGGGGCAAUUUUAAAGUCGACUCGUUAUUAAUUGAUAAGGAAAUUGCAUUGAUAUUGACGAAAUGGAUAGAUAAAAAACCUACAGAUGACGAAGUAUCUAAAGGAUUUCAAUACCAUUUUAAUCUUCUUUUUCGAAAUAGUUCAGAUGGUGGUGGUCUUUCAUCUCAUAAAUUUCAUCAAAAUUGUGAUAACAAAGGAGCAACAAUUGUCAUAGCGAAAAUUAAAGAUAAAAGUUGGCUUAUUGGUGGUUACAAUCCACUUGAUUGGAAUGGAAAUGAUGUAUGGAAACAAACAACAGAUAGCUUUUUAUUUGUAUUAAAUAUUGAUACCCUCAAAGGAUCUACAUCAUACGUUGAUCAUAGUAGUUAUGCAAUUUAUUGCAAUAGUGGUUGUGGACCAAGUUUUGGGGAAGGCCCUGAUUUUCGCAUAUCAAAUGAUGGCAGUACUUUUAAAUAUAGAGUAAAAUCCUAUCACCGUAAGUUAGUUAAUUCAAAUAAUUCAGAUUCACAUGAAAUUUCCAAACUUUCAAUCACAGAUUAUGAAGUCUUUCAGAUAGUUAGCAACAUUUCUACCCAAGGUUGA